AGUAACAAAGUUGGUAACAAAGAUUAGAGAGAGAGAGUGUGUUUGGUCCCUUGUUUGUUUUCUUUGCUUGUUUUGGUCGAGAUCAGAAAUGGACUACGAUGAGCAAGAGGAAGAGCUGGUCAUGGCUGGAGGAGGAGGAGCGAGUUACGACGACGACGACUCCUCGCUGGCGAACCCGACCCGAGUCAAAAUGCCGAGCCCCGUCGACGACCCAGCGGCGAUGAUGGUGGUGGUCAGAAACACCGGCAAGGGAAAGUACCGAGAGUGCCUCAAGAACCACGCCGUCGGCAUGGGAGGCUACGCGCUCGACGGCUGCCUGGAGUUCAUGGCCGCCGGACCCGAAGGCACCAUCGACGCCCUGAAAUGCGCCGCCUGCGACUGCCACCGCAACUUCCACCGCAAGGACGCUGCCGCCUUCCCCGGUGACCACCCGUACCAUCCUUUCCACCACCGCCGCCACCAACCCCCACCAGGGCAGCCCCAGUACGCGGCUUGCUACCGGGCUACCCCGGCUGGGUACCUCCACGUGGCGGGGCCCAACAGAGGCUCGGGUGCCGCCACGCUGGCGUUGCCAAUUGGAGGUGGGCCCCAGGGCGCUCGGGAGCUGAUGGAUCAUGAUGAUGUUUCGGACCGAAGCGGAGGCGGAGGAGAAGGGUCGAACUCGAGGGCAGGGAAGAGGUUCAGGACCAAGUUCACUCAUGAACAGAAGGAGAAGAUGCUGGAGUUUGCUGAGAGUGCUGGCUGGAGGAUUCAGAGGCAUGAUGACAAUGUGGUGGAAGAGUUUUGUAACGAGAUUGGUGUCAAGCGCCAUGUUCUUAAGGUUUGGAUGCAUAACAACAAGCACACCCUUGGUAAGAAGCCCUAGAAAUAAUAAAUAAAAAUAAAAUAAUAAUAAUAAAUAUAAGAAAUAAAUAAAUAAAUAGCAGUGGUAAAAAUAGUUCUUUAUCCAUCACAUGCUUCUGUGCAUCUAGUCUAUGCAAUUUCACAGGAUCUACUGAAGCUGAAAGUGACGUGAAAUGCUUAAGCUGAUCAAUCGGGUUCUAUCUUGAAGUUGGGAGCUGCCAAAUUGCGUCUACUACUAGCUGAAGGAGAUCGUUUUAGGUUUUUCUUUUUUUUAUUGUUGUCAUCCCAUGUUCUUAUAAUGUGGGUGGUUUUCAAGUGUAAGUAGUGUUUGAGGUUGUCUAUUCGAAUAAUUAAAUACA